AUGAAGCUCUCAGAAACGAUGCAGCCUAACCAAAUCUUGGCGAUGAAGCGUAAACUUCCUAUUUCGGAAAGCCAAUACACAAAUGGUGCGAAGAGAAACGGGACGGAGAGAACAAAAGCCGACGUGAAGAAAUCCCUAUCCAGUGAAUACAAGCAUCUUGAACUUCUUUACUCCCCGUCCGUUGAGAUGAAGAUAUGGGCCGUCGCUGAGAGAAGCCUCAACAUGCCAGAGCCGCCUACCUGGUUCCCGGAAUAUACCAAGCCAGGAAGCACUGAGUAUGUCUACAGAGAUGCUUCGUUCUGGACUUCGGGCUUCUUUCCGGGGUUGCUCUGCCUGAUCAUGGAGCGUAGAAAGAAAUUCCAAACUGAACUGCGACUUCUUGGCCUUUCUCGACCGAAGCCAGACUUUCCUCACACGAUUCAGCUUGAAUAUGCCUCAAAGUGGUGGACCGAGAGUCUUCACCAAAACGGGUCUCUCAUGGGCACACACGAUCUGGGAUUCAUGAUUUGCCCCUGGGCUCGUUUGCAGUGGGAUCUACAUCGUGAUCUCAAGGCGUUCGACACAUUGAUGACGGCCGCCAACACUCUAGCCGACCGUUUCUCGGACAAGGUCGGCUGCAUGCGAUCAUGGGAUGUCUGCCAGACAAAGGUGUAUUCGUUCACAGACCCAAGCAAGGACUUUCUUGUUAUUAUUGACAACAUGAUGAACCUCGACCUCCUCUUCUGGGCGGCAUCCGAGGCCUCUUCCCAAGCUGAUUCGACCCGAUUCUUCGACAUUGCCAUGGCCCAUGCUCGCACAUCGAGAGAGUAUCUUAUUCGUGCCGACUGGUCAAGCUACCACGUUGCCAACUUCGACCCCUCGACCGGCGCUCUCAAAGAACGUCUUACAAACCAGGGCUACAGUCAUACAUCAUGUUGGUCGCGAGGUCAGGCAUGGGCCAUUGCAGGGUUUGCAAAGUCUUAUGAAUGGAGCGGCGAGAGCUCUUUUCUUGACACGGCCAAGAACUGUGCCGAUUACUUCUUGAGGAGAUUACCCGAUACGCAUAUUCCGCCAUGGGACUUUGACGCACAGGACGAGUCUGCUGCUACGCAACCCCCAGACACAAGCGCAGCCAUGGUCGCUGCUUACGGCAUGCUGCUUAUCCAUCAAUCCCUCCAGAAUCGCUCCGAGGCAUCUCCGUACCUCGACCAUGCCCUGCGGAUAGUAGAUGCUGUUUGUGAGAGGCACUUGAACCCUGCCGCCAGCCAGAAACAGGACCUGGGAACGAUUCCCACAGUGGAAAAUGGUCGUGCCACUGUUGUCAAGUGUGUCGAGACAGCUGCGGGACUCGGAGACACCAUCCUCAACGGAGCGACUAUUAACAACUUCGAAUUUGCGCCACGUCGUUGGGCCGAUCAUGGGCUUGUGUAUGCUGAUUACUUUUUCGUCCUGUUUGGAAACAAGCUUCUAGAAAUGAACGCGUUGAGGUCAUUGGCAUAG